AUGGUGAUCCCAAUGACAUUCAUGGAGUCUGGGGCAUUUAUGGGCUAUAUUCUCCAAGUUUGGCAUUCACAGCUCUUAUUAUUGGAAUCAUUACUAACAUUCAGAGACGUUGAAGCUCAGGACUUUAUUAACGCUUACGCCCAAUUCUUGCAGCGUCAAGGUAAGUUGGAGGUUCCAGGUUACGUUGACAUUGUCAAGACCUCCGCCGGUAACGAAUUGCCACCUCAAGAGGCCGAGACUUGGUACUACAAGAGAGCCGCUUCCGUUGCCAGACACAUCUACUUGAGAAAGCAAGUUGGUGUUGGUAAGUUGAACAAGUUAUACGGUGGUGCUAAGAACAGAGGUUUCAGACCACACAAGCACGUUGAUGCUUCUGGUUCCAUCAACAGAAAGGUGUUGCAAUCCUUGGAGAAGAUUGGUGUUGUUGAGAUCUCGCCAAAGGGUGGUAGAAGAAUCUCCGAGAACGGUCAAAGAGAUUUGGACCGUAUCGCUGCUCAGACCUUGGAAGAGGAUGAGGAGUAA